AUGGCGCCGACGUGGGUGUCUCGUUUCACCCAUCACAACAACAGACCUGCGAACGCCGGGCCUCCCGCCAUAGAGAGCCACCCGGCACCCCGGCCAUCGUCAAGCCUCGAUCCAUCUACCCUAUUACUUCCUCCAGACCAAUCUACAACACAGUCAAGAGCUAUUCCUGUUCGUCGUGGCCAUUCUCGGUCUACCAGCAAUCCAUUUCCGGCAUUUUUUGCUGGGAAGGGAAGAAAAGCCCGCGGCGGGAGUAGGGACAUCAUAGAUUCUGAGUCUACAGAUGGCGAAGAUGGAUUACAUCCUGUCAUUACAAAUGCGCGGUCCUGUAGCCCUCAGAAACGUGCUGGCUCCGACAACCAUAUGGAAGAGUACCGGAAACGCAAAUCAGCAGACUGCGGCGUGGUAAGCCAGAUGAAAAACUGCAUCCAGAUAAUAUUCAGCAACCCCAAGCUAGAGGUGAGUGCCAAUCAAGAUCAACACCUUGUGUCCUUUGCACAUUUUAAUAUCUAUCUUGCAGUUACCGUAGAGGAAACUCGGAGAAUAAUCGAGGAAUGCCUCAUUUCAUUUCUUUCCACCCAGCUUGGUGAGCAACGAGUCCGUCAAGCGCGGCCGAAGACAGACCAUAGCGGUCCGGGACAAGAUGAAGCCGAGCUGUCCAAGCAGCCAGUUUACCCUCAGAGUGACAAGGACGACACCAAUAUGCCUUCCGUGCUGGUAUCUGAUGUGCCAUCCACCUCUGGAACCUCGCCCCAAUCAAAGGCCAAAGUUGAUAACUUGGGGCUUCCUUAUACGCCUACUAAUGACGCACGCGACAUUCGGCUAGACCAGAGAAGUAGAGACUCUGGGGCCGAUGUUAAGGGUCCGACCACCGUAUUUCGUGCAUUAGAACAAUACAUCACGACUUGCUUUGAUGGCUGUGAUACGCUUAAUAACUCAUUUAUAACCGGCAGAACCCGUUACCAUCGGGCAGCGAGUGAGGGCUCGCAACAAUCAGUAGGGAGAAAAGCCUCUGUGUCAUCAGCAACCCCUGAAGAUCAUCAUGUGUCCAAUCUUGAUGAAAAGACGAUUCUCCUCGGUAAUUUUGCCGAGAAUGCGUCAUGGUGGGCGGAAAGCCGGCGUUCACCAAAAAGUCAGUUACCAAAUAAUGGUCAGUCAUCAAAAUCAUACGGAACGAAGACCAGUCUCACCAAUUCAAAGUCGCCUCGAAUAAACUGGCCAGAGCUUCUAGAAUGGUACCAUCUUGUUAUACAUGCAGGUGACUCUUGGAAUAGUAUGAUCCUUGAUUUACCCGAUAUGGGCGAGCAAAAUGCCUCCCCUACCAAGGAAUUAGACGUUCUGGCUCAACUUAACGAAGUAAUUAUGGAGUCAAGGUUUAUAGUUCGAAAGACCUUGCUACGAGCUACAGAGAAACUGCUCCAACGACCGAAACGACCGCUAAUACGUCCGGAUGAUACUCGGUUCCUACUUAUACUAAUUGAAAACCCACUUCUAUACUCCUCUGGCUCUAUGCCCAGGACCCCAUCUGGCGCCUCUCCCUCAACAGUGAUAACUCAACACAACCAGAGACCACCAGGCCUAUCCACUUCACCAUAUAGCAAACCCUCCCCUGAAAAGAGCAGUCGUCUUCAACCCUCCGCAGGAGGUAGUGAGUUAUCAAGUCUCAGAUACUCCGCCCUAAAAAGAAUUUUUGGGCUAAUCUCCAAUCUACCUAAUGAGUGCCAUCAUUCAUUUGUGGGAUGGUUCUCACGGCUUAUGCCGAGUCAUUUCCAAAGAUUGGUAGAGGUUGUCAAUGGAUUUGUUACUUUUCGGCUCGGCAAAUCUCACAAGCGACAAUCAGCAAAGGCCGAGAAUGGACUUAAUCUUGGGAGAUAUGUCCCUACGUUUUCUGCACCGGGGACCGUCACGCAUGCACAAUUGCACACAGCCCUUCAAGAAAGCCCAGAGAAAUCUCCAGCAAGUGAAAAUAAGCUGGUCAGCUACGCAGACGAUUGGCAAAUUCGUGCUGCUGCUCGUGUUAUGGCCCUUCUCUUCAGAGCUAAUGGUACAGGAAAUAGCCGAAAAGUCGAGGGUGGCCCAAGUGCAAGAGAACUUUCCUCUGGCUCCGAGCCGAAUAGCAAUCGCUUGAAUAAGAUUCCGAUAAACUAUUUCUACAAUGCACGACUUGACUAUGCCGAUCUUAUUCUAGAUUUCGAAGCAUGGGAAUCUCGUAGUGGAAAGUUUUCCUUCUGCCAAUAUUCGUUUUUGCUCAGCAUAUGGGCCAAGAUACAAAUUAUGGAACAUGAUGCACGUCGACAGAUGGAGGCAAAAGCUAGGGAAGCAUUCUUUGACACUAUCCUUGGUCGAAGAGGAGUAAGCCAGUACCUUGUACUGAAAGUCCGAAGGGACUGUUUGGCUGAAGAUAGUUUACAAAGCGUAAGCUCUGUUAUUGGAUCUGCUGAGGAAGAUAUCAAAAAGGGGCUGCGCAUAGAAUUUGCGGGUGAAGAAGGCAUUGAUGCCGGUGGUUUACGUAAGGAGUGGUUUCUCCUGCUAGUGAGGGAGGUUUUCGACCCGCUUCAUGCUAAUGAUCACCUUGCAGGCCUCUUUCUAUAUGACGAGGAUUCCCAAUAUUGCUACUUCAAUCCAUACUGUUUCGAGUCGUCGGAGCAAUUUUUCCUGGUCGGCGUGGUUUUAGGAUUAGCAAUAUACAAUUCGACCAUUCUUGAUAUUGCGUUGCCUCCGUUCGCCUUCCGGAAACUAUUGGCAUAUUCACCAUCAAACGUUACACCUACAUUGUCAUCGCCGCCUCAGCCAUUUAAGCCUACCCUGGAUGAUUUGGCCGAGUUUCGACCUGCGUUAGCAAAGGGCCUGCGACAGCUCCUAGAAUAUGACGGAGAUGUUGCUGGAACUUUUUGUCAGGACUUCGUAGUCCAAGUUGAACGUUAUGGCGAGACGAUCCAAGUUCCUUUAUGUGCGGGGGGAGAGAAUCAACCUGUGACGAAUGAAAAUCGUCGUGAGUUUGUGGAUCUCUACGUGCGUUACAUCAUUGACGGGGCGGUAUGCCGACAGUUCGAACCAUUUAGACGCGGAUUCUUUACUGUCUGUGGAGGAAACGCACUGCAUCUUUUUAAACCUGAAGAAAUUGAGCUUCUUAUCCGCGGCUCAGAAGAGCCACUUGAUAUUCCAUCAUUGCGUGGGGUAGCAAUGUAUGAGCACUGGCCAGCUUCCUCGCCAGACCGGGAACCAGUCGUGAACUGGUUUUGGGAUUUCUUUGAAAGGAUCCCAGCUAAAGAUCAACGUAAGAUACUCAGCUUCAUUACGGGCAGCGAUAGACUCCCCGCCAUGGGAGCAGUCAACCUAGUCAUUAGGCUCAUGUGCCUGGGUCCGGACUCAGAGAGAUUUCCAACAGCGCGGACCUGUUUCAAUGCACUUGGGUUGUAUCGAUACAAAACCCGGCAGAAAUUUGAAGAGAAACUUUGGCGCGCGGUAGUUGAUAGUGAAGGUUUUGGGCUGCAAUGA